GUCUUUGUCUGAGGCCCAUUCUUUAAACGAAGACAUAAAUUAUAUUAAUGGUAGAAAGCGAUCGAAGCCAAAAGUUCGCUGGAACUUACCGCAAGUUAUUCGAUACGAUUGAAAGAGGCGUUGAACAAUGCUCUACCGACCUACUCCAGACGCUACUUGAAGAAAAAUACGAUCAACUUAAACUUGGUAUUGAAGCAUUCACAGCUACUUCAGCUCAAUCUCGCUCCAAAUUGACAACAGGUACAACUGUGAGCAUCAAUGGAAAAUCAAUUACCUUUGACCAAAAAGAAAAAGAUCUUGUCUUGAAGAUAUCAGACAUCAUCAACCUGAACGAACUUCAAUGUGCUGCUCUUUGGCAUUCUUACAAGGCAGACCACCAUGAAUAUGUUGACCAACAAAACUCUGUAGAUAUUCCUUUGCACGAAAACACAGAAUUGAUAAUGAAUAUCGCCAAUUUCUACUUUGAAGAGCGUAUUUCACUUUUGGAAUGUAUUCAAUCCCUGCAGCGUAUAUCUUCUGAUAGUGAACAUCCAUUCAACAAUAUUGCAAGUAACAUGGUUGAAAAGCUAUUUGAAGACAGCACCAACAAUAUACCAUUCGUCAACAAACUUCUCUUGCAAUUCUCCAGGCUUAUUCGAUCUCAGGUACCAACGCGUACUUACUCCUUUCCUGGAUGGUCAACAGCAUGGGCAAAGCAAAAUAUAAAAGAACAGAAGGCUUUGUUGGAAAUUUUGUUCUUGUUUACCAUUACAACGUCAUUAUCACCAGACUUUAUUGUGUCAGUUGUUCAAGAGCUUGAGGUCAACAGCUUUGGAAGAUUCCAAGUAUGCAGCUAUGCUUUAGAUACAGAAGGAGAGAGGAUUCGUGAACAAGUCAGCUGUAUCUCUAUUUUGAUUGCUGUCAGCAUGAUUAUCCCUCCCUAUCUUACGCUGGAUGUAAAAUUGGAUCCCGCAGCAGCAGACGCAAGUUUGAUUGAUUCACCCAAUGCAGUAGCAAAAAUCAAUCAAAUUGUUUUACACAUGGGAAAUAGUCCAGAGCAUUCGGCAUUUUUGCUCGCUUGGUCAUACUUUCUUACUUGCUUACGAAAUGCCGUCGAUGCUGCACCAAGUCUUCCUAGUGGAUAUGAUCAAGUAAAGCUGUUACUCGAAGGCAAACAACAGAUUUCCUCUUCUGUUUUGGCUGAUAGAUCAUUUGCUCGAGCCGCCGGAUUUGACGCAGCUGAAGAGAGAACCAUUUCGAUUCAACAAUCUGAUCAUCUGGAACGUACCUUGGUAGGACGUGCAUUGAAAUUGAAUGUGUUUGAUACGAUCAACGCUAUCCUUGAAAGUAACCUGUGUGAUGAGGAUGAUGUGAACAGUGUUGGCUACAGAGUAGUUAUUAGAUUACUCUUAAAGUCAUUCUUGGCAACUACACUUCCUCAGUUCCUUCCAAUGGAAAGUUACUCUAGUCUGAUCAACUGCUUUACUUUGCUUUACCGAGAUCAGCCAAUGCUAUGUCAAGAUUUCUGGAAUGAAGACUUCGAUCAACAAAAUCAGUAUCCUUUGCUGACUGCUGCACUUGGUAGAUUUCCUGUCUACUUCACUCAUCUUACAGACAUGUUAUCUUCCUUGGCUACUACCAAUGAACUUGAUACAAGAAUAGAUGAGAAACCUGUUGACAAAGUAUAUGAAUUUAUGAGCGCGCUACCGACGAUCACCGUGGUAUUAAAGGAUACAAUCUUUACUUCAGCAGCUGUAGAGAACGACGUGCCAGUUAUCCAAGUUGACCAAAAUUUACAAAUUACACCCUCAUUAGACUAUAUCACCGGUAUCAGUAUUCCUCGACAAUCCCGUGGCAUAUUAUUGUCAAGCACACAAGAUAGUCGUAUUGUACAGUUUGCACACGGAUAUUCUGGAUGGCAUAUGUUGGCAUCUAUUUUGGCAAAUUCGAUGCAACAGAGUAAGCCUACUGCAGUUGUUGACGUUACAGAUGAAGAUUACACAUUGGUCGGUGAAAAUCCUGAAGCUGUCAUCAGCAUUCUCAAUUUGAUCUAUCGUGUACUAUCCAAUAGCCCAAAGCUAGGCCCAGUCUUGGUGGACCAUGUUCAGAAAACAGCAGCUGUGCCUGGUAAAGUAUAUGAAGUACCUAUCCUUAUCUCCAUCCUAUGCGAUAUUCUCAGUUUCAGCAGUGGCAUUCAACAAUGUCCUAUUCCUAUUGCGACAUUAGCUAUCAAAUGCUUGACAAUGCUCCUUCCUUACUAUCGUCAAUACAUUUGGCCUUAUUUACAAAAAUCACCUCUGCUUCCUCGAAUCACACCUGUUCCUGGAACAGGUAACAUGACCAAGCUACCAUUCAUUAUAAGUCGUGCAUUGAAUAUACAACAAAUUGUCGCCAAGUUUGAAUGCACACUAGGAAGCUACGAGUUGCUAUUGUCAUUCUUGGAUCUGGUCCAUGGACUCGUUCAUGAUAUUCAAAGUAACUGGUGGGUUAGAGAAGCAGCCGUGAACUUUUCACCUGAUGCUCAAGCACAGAUGGAGACACUCUAUGUUUGCUUGCAUUAUCUUAUGCUCGAAGUGUUUCCUUCCUAUUCUGGUUGGCGCUAUAGAAAGGUCUCUGAGAGAUAUCUUAUUGGCAUCAAGCUACUUUCUAUCUUUAUCGUGAUCUGUAAUUACUUUAGAGAAUCCAACCAGCUUAGCACAUCCGGUUUGAGUCUAGGCAGAAUACGCGACGGCAUCUUUAGCAAUUUCUUGUACGAUGGUGGUAUUUAUCAUGUAUCUCCUUUGCUUGAUGUAAUUUCUGAUGGGGCUGUCAUGGCUAAUGCUCUCUAUAAAUCAAGUCAUAUCAAAGAAGCACAGCGUACUGAAGAACUGACAGCACUCACUCUUGUUUUCAUCAAAGUCUUACUUCAACGACGUUUGGAACAUAUUGAUGAAGGAACGGAUAUUAGUGAAAGCACACUUGAACGUUUAAUGCUUGAGCGUACUGCUAGUGGAAGCUGCUCUGAUUUCUUGUUGCGUAUCGCUAAACACAUCAAUUAUCGCCACAACAUUGCCUUACCUAUUCAAGCAACCUAUGUUCUGACACUUUUAUGCCGUACAACAUCUGCUUGGAAGACUGUUCCCAGCUUUGUACAAUACCUUGGCGAUACCGCUGAAGCACAUACUAUCAUUCGUGCCUAUCUUGAAACUGCAAAGGACGAUUCACAGAAUGAAACCUUGUUAUCUGCUAUUUGGCAUUUCAUUAGUACUUUGUUGGAAACUCAACCCAGUCUGGCCAUCCUCUUCUUAGAUUGUGGAGACUUUAUUAUGCCCAGUCCUAAAUCUGCUGUUCGUCAGUUAGGUGGUCAAACGUUAACCCAAACAACGGCUGUGAGCAAUACGGAGUCUGCUAUUCGUGCUGCCAUCAGCAUGCUCGAGAAAUGGUCUAGUCUGUCAUUGGAAAAGCCAUCUGUUGUGUCAAAUGUGUUGCGUUUCUUAUCUACGUUCUGGCAGACCGCGUUUGAUCACUAUGCUCUAGUUGAAAAUUCGCGUAGUGACAGUGCCCUAUGGGAUGUCAUUGGCAAGAUACUGUUGAAUCCUUCCAUGGAAGUUGACACCUCGGCUGAUACCUUGGAGAGCGUAAACUUUUUAGAAACCGAUUUUGGUGAAAAUGAUCAUUUUGACUUGUCUGUCCGUCAGUUGUGCUGCUCGAACCUGAGUAAGGCAUUUGCUCUACGUGUGAUUGCUUACGAGAUUCAUCUGACAGCUGGUAACGAAAAGUCAAAGAAUGGUAAUCUCUCAAAGAUGCUCGAAGCUCUUCCUGGUGGUCUCAAGGCCCUUUUGAUCAAGCUGUGUGAGCCCACCAGACUUUCACAGAUGCGCCAAGAAUAUAUAAAGAACAGCUUCGAUUCGAGCUUGACAGACUCAGUUCAUCAUUCGGCUAGUGCUCUCUUAAGGACAAUUGGUAUUGAAAACCUGUCUGCUUUGCUUUUCAAAUCGGCUGUAAUUGGCACGGGUGAUGAUGGAGCUCCUGGAGAUAUUCGUCAGUAUGGUGAUUCGUACCUAUACAACUUACGCAUGGCUGUGAGCCGUGUGUUUUCUUUAUACAGCGACAUCAAGGAAAAAUACAAUCUUGCAGACAGAGACAAUAUGCUAAUCACACCUAAGAUAAAUGCAGCCUUGGAAGUUGAAAGAUUGUCAGACGGUCUGCUCAAAAAGAUCAUCGAAGCCAACCACAGCUAUUCUGUUGUUGAUUCUCAAAUCGUCUUGUUUCGUUCCUUCAAAUCCUUUAUUGAGACUUGUUCACGCCAUACCAGUGCCUUGAUAUGGGUUGAAAAGAACAAUGUGGACAGCUUUGAUAACCUUCGUGGAUUCCUCUCUGAACUGAUCGUACAAGCAAAGUCAGAGCAAAGACAAGACGGUGUGACGCUCACUUCAUAUAGUAUGCUGGUGCAUAUGAUCAGAAAUCUGAUUGAAGACUGGAUCUAUUUGUCAAAGCCUACGCUAUCUGGUACAGAUGAUGCCGCCAAGCAAAAGUACUCUUCGCAAGUCUCUCAGCUUCUUAUCUCCCUCUCUGAUUUGCUUACUCGUGAAAACCUCGCAUACAAGGAUAGUGUGAGCGAUAAGACGGCAGUUUACUUCCAUCGACCUCUUUUGGAAGCAGUGAUGUUGUGUAUAUUCACUCUUCGUGGCACGAUGGAAUCUGUCAACAAGAACUUCUUAAAGUCAGUAGAGAUGCAGACAUGUCUUGGAGAUGUCCUUUCUGUUGUAUGCGAUAGCUUCCAUGUUUUGUCGAUUAAGGCCCUAUCCUAUAGCGCAGAAGGCUCUACAGCAAGCGAAGAAGAUGUGAAUCGUUGUAUCAAGGAUAUUACAAUAGUGACUUCCUUGUUGCAAGAACUUGUACAUGAACGAUAUGGUAUUUUACAAGAAGCAUGGAUUUUCAAAUUCAAGGCACAUCAUACUAUUGAUAGCUUACUGAAAUUGUUUUAUGGUGGUAUUGACAUCGUGUUGAAUGAAAUUGAUAGGCAAGCGACUGGAAAUGAUCGUGUCUAUAGCCUUAAUAUCACACCCUAUGCCGAAAUCGCAUUGUAUUUCUUGCUGACUUUGGCCAAUAUACCAAAAGCUGCAGAAGUUCUUGUCACUUACCAUGUCUUUGACACACUUACAAACAACCGUCUAACAAUACGCUUACAGCAAGGCAUGUUGGACUUGUUUAUUCGAUUUGGAGACAAGACCAAGAAAGAGCCUGGUUAUGUCGAACGCAAUCCUCUGCAUUCAAUUUGGUGUCAAAUCCUUGCUGUAGUCAGCAGCUUAUUACGCACGAAUGGCAAGUCAGACAUUGUGUUGAAGAGCACAGUGAAUCUACUACAGAUCUGUGGGCCUCAGAUUGGCAAAGCCUUUGAAAAAGCAAAUAGCUCCAGUGAUUCACUGUUUGCACUCGCUCCUCUUGAAUCGCUUUCGAUGCCACUUUUAGAAGAACUGGAACGUAUCAACUCUGUCUUUUUUGAAUUAUCAAAGCAUUUAGAGCGUAUACCAAACAUUGCUACCAACUUGUUUACGUCAUAUAAGGAUUGCUCACUCCUGUUACUUCAACGUUAUCUUUAUUACUUCACACACCCCUCACAUAUGAAAGCACAGUUAUAUCGCACGGACAAUACCGAGACGACAGACCAGUUUAUGAAAAAGACACUGCGAUACAUAUUGACCAUCACACACCACAUGAUGACAUCCCUUGUGGUGCUGAGUAGCUCAGAACUCGUCCUGACUGCGCCAGAUAUCGAAUGGCCAUUUGGCAAUACGAUUAUCUGUCCCAACAUGCGAGCCGCAACAGAUGCUGAAGCAUCAUUUGGUACACUUGUCGAAUGCAUCAAUGCAAGUAUAGUCAUGAUCAAUCAGUGGCAGGACGCAAAGGACGAACCAUUGGAACAAGCCUUGGAUGUGAUUCAGAGUUGCUCGUUGAUGCUUACGUCUCAAGCAGCACUUUGGGUUGCCAAGCCUGAUAUUUCAGAUGAAGUAAGGAUGAGUAUUGCUGUAGAUAACAUUAUGGAUAUUGUCGAGACUCUAUCAAAGGCUGCGACUACAAUGGAGAAGUUGGUUGAAAAGAAGACAGUUGCUGAUAUAAGACUAAGAAUUAAGCUGAUAUACAUGCUUCAGACAUUUUUGAGUGAAAGGUUUUUUGAAAAUUAAAGUAUGAAUAAAUAAAGAAACUUUUGUAUUAUUGUUUUAUUUUACACAAAGAUGAAGCUAUUAAA